AUUUACCCAAACCCAAUUAUCUCUCACUUUUCUUUUUCCCCGUUUUCUACUUUUCUAUUACCAAAUUCGAAUACUGUAUAUAAACAAACGUCCAGUACUUAUCUCCUUAGUCAAAUUAUUCGUCAGGUUAAAGGUGAUUUGGCAACAUUAUAUUUCUUAAACUGGAGAUCUUGUAGUGGCAUGCUUCCUAGAACAUGGUACCGAAAAAGAGGCUGGAUUAUCGGUUCAAUGGUCGUCGAUCCCCCAUUAUUCCCAAAGCUCCCAGAUCAAUCAGGAGGAGAUGCUCGCACAAGAAUUCAGUCGAGGACAAUAAACUUUGUGCCUUUGAAUUACUUGCAGCUGUAGCUGGUAAGUUGUUGCAGGAGAGUGAAAGUUCUGUUUCAAGUAAUGUAGAAACUCAUGCCAGUACUUUAAAAACUGAGAAUGUGAAGGGGCAGCCUAAAAAUGAACAAACUCCAAAAUCAGAGAGCAUUGACCUCGGAAGUUGUGCUGAGAGUUCUUUUAUGCCUGAAACAUCUGUUCAGGAGCCCGACCUCUCAUCCAAAUUUAAGGGACUACCACAAAUAGAUAAUGAUUCCGUCUUGGAAAAUAUUUCUGUGUUUGGAAGUCCUGAUGUCCUGAAAAAACUAGACUGUGAUGCAGAUGGAAAUACCAACUGUGAAGUUGGCGGCUCUGUCUUUGUUGGUAGUAAUAUCAAUCUUAGAGCAGAGGGUCAGCAAGGCAUGCAUUCGGAGGAUAACAUUAACACUUUGAAUGGAAAGGAUCAUGUUGGAGAACGUGUGAAUAGUAAUAUGCUAAUUAAGUCAGAUAAUAGUGUACAGUUGCCCUUGUACAGGGACCCCAUUCCUCAUACUCCACUGCAAAAGCAGUGGAAUACUGUAAAAUUAGGAAUUAGAGAUGAUGACGAUAAUUAUUUCGGGUGCAAUAAACUUAGCACCAAGUUUAGGCCAUUAAGGCCACAGCCGCACACUAGUCACCGAAGAAUAAGGAAGAUGCUGACAUCCAAGUACAGGAAGAUGGCUCCAAAGCUAAGGAGUUGUGAACUCUAUAACUCUAGGGAUGGAGUGAAGUCAUUUUACCAACAUAGGAAGAGAAUUUACACCCACGAGAGAUGUCUACAAGCAUCCAUUAAGAAAAGGAAACUGUUUGAUCACAGAGGCAUAGUUUCACAUGAUCAGGAGGCCAGUAGUAAUAGCAUCUCUAACUCAUCUGAGAAGGGGAUGUGCAAGGAUAAAUGUAACUCGGGCAUCAUGUUGGAAAGAGUGAGUAGUGCAUCUCCUACAGUGAAAGGCCACAAAAAAGUGAAGUUCAGCAUUAAGUCCUUUAAGGUUCCAGAACUUUACAUCGAGCUCCCUGAAACUGCAAGUGUUGGUUCUCUGAAGAGAACUGUGAUGGAGGCAGUUACUGCUAUUCUUGGAAGUGGAGUACGAGUUGGGGUAGUGCUUCAAGGGAAGAAAGUUCGAGACGACAACAGAACUUUGCAGCAGGCUGGUAUUUCUCAGAGAGGUGAUCUUGACACACUGGGUUUUACAUUGGAGCCGAGUUUUACAAAUAUUUGCUCUACCAAGACAACGAAAAAACAUACUACAAUAUUGCAAUGUGAUGCAGAUCAGGAAUUACUGAGAUCUCCUGCCACUCCGAUUGUUAAUUCAGGGAUUUCAAAUGCCUCAGUAGAUCCCCAUUUCGUAGGUAAAGUUGAUGAUGAUGUGGUUACCAGUGUCUUUAUGUCUGGCCUACAGACUCCUACGAAUGAGGCAGUAAAUGGAACAGUUCGUGAUUCCAAGGCAUUAGUUCCAGUUUCUCCAAUGAACUCGGAGUCACUUGCAGUAAUCCCAGCAAACCCCAAACCUAAAAUGAAUGAACUGUCGCAGCGCAGAGCUAGGAGACCAUUUUCUGUAGAUGAAGUUGAGGCGCUUGUUGAAGCUGUUGAAAGACUUGGGACAGGAAGGUGGCGUGAUAUAAAAAUGGGUGCUUUCGAGCAUGCAGAUCACCGAACGUAUGUCGACUUAAAGGAUAAAUGGAAGACUUUAGUUCACACAGCUGGUAUAUCUCCUCAUCAAAGAAGAGGAGAGCCGGUGCCACAGGAUCUGUUGGAUCGCGUCUUAGCUGCGCACUCGUAUUGGUCCCUGCAUCAGUCGAAACAAGGGAAACAGCCUGGGGCUGAACCCCUUAGAUCUCUGGAUCCCGUCAUAACUCCCUAGUUAUUCGAGGUGUAAAGAGUAGAAAAUUAUACAUUGGAGGUGUAAAAAAGGUGGUGUGUUUUAAUUAUUCUUGGUUUUCUAGCAAUCUCUCACUCACUGAUUUGUUGUUGUUAGGAUUACUUUUUUUACUUUUAAAUUAACUUCAUAUAUUUUAUAUCAUAUAUAUAGGAGGAAAUUACCAAUCAAAUCAACUCAUAUAACAAGGAGGAAAGACAAAUUACUCUACCCAGGGUUCGAACUCGAGACCUCCAGGAUAGACCCGGUAUCCAGCACCCUUUACCGCUAGGCCAAGGGGCUUGGAUUUGUUUGGAUUACUUUGGAUAGACUGAUGUUUAUCUUUUGUACAUGACUUGUGGAAUAAACUGGUUUUUUCUCUUUAGCGUUAUUGACGAAUACUUUAAAUGCAUCAAACAUAAGUAUUAGAAUUUA